GUUUUUUAAUAGAUGCAGGAGGAGCUGACACCGGGCGUGUCCCUUAUUGACAGAACCAUCAAGAUGAGAAAAGAAACAGAGGCUAGAAAAGUGGUAUUAGCCUGGGGACUCCUCAAUGUAUCUGUGGCUGGAAUGAUAUAUACCGAAAUGACUGGAAAAUUGAUUAGCUCCUAUUAUAAUGUGACAUACUGGCCCCUCUGGUAUAUUGAGCUCGCCCUUGCUUCGCUCUUCAGCCUCAACGCAUUGUUUGAUUUUUGGAGAUAUUUCAAAUACACUGUGGCACCCACAAGUCUGGUCGUUAGUCCUGGACAGCAAACACUUUUAGGGCUGAAAACAGCUGUUGUACAAACCACUCCGCCCCACGAUCUGGCAGCAACCCGCGUCCCUCCCUCUCCACCUUCCCCUUCCAUUCAGGGUCAGAGUGUUCUAAGUUACAGCCCAUCUCGCUCGCCUAGUGCCAGUCCCAAGUUUACCACCAGCUGCAUGGCUGGAUACAGUCCUCAGCUACAAGGUCUGUCCUCAGGUGGGAGUGGGUCUUACAGCACCGGAGUGACCUACUCACCCAUCAGUGGUUACAAUAAGCUGGCGAGCUUCAGUCCCUCUCCCUCCUCACCCUACCCCACCACCGUUGGCCCUGUGGAGAGCAGCAGCUUGAGGGCUCGUUACCGUUCCUCACCCACCGUCUACAACUCACCCACGGACAAAGAAGACUACAUGACCGACCUGCGGACCCUGGACACUUUUCUCAGAAGCGAAGAAGAGAAACAGCAUAGAGUAAAGCUGGGGAGCCCAGACUCCGCCUCGCCCUCCAGCAGCCCCACCUUCUGGAACUACAGCCGCUCCAUGGGGGACUACGCGCAGACUUUAAAGAAGUUUCAGUAUCAGCUCGCCUGUCGGUCUCAGGCCCCCUGUGCCAACAAAGAUGAGGCUGAUCUCAGCUCCAAGCAAGCUGCUGAAGAGGUGUGGGCAAGAGUAACCAUGAAUAGACAACUUCUGGACCACAUGGAUUCAUGGACAGCUAAGUUUAGAAAUUGGAUCAAUGAGACAAUAUUGGUGCCACUGGUACAAGAGACGGAGUCGGUCAGCACGCAGAUGAGGCGGAUGGGCUGUCCUGAGCUGCAGAUCGGAGAGGCCAGUAUCACCAGUUUGAAGCAAGCCGCCCUGGUCAAAGCUCCUCUCAUUCCGACUCUGAAUACAAUUGUUCAGUAUCUAGACCUUACGCCAAACCAGGAAUACUUGUUUGAAAGGAUCAAAGAACUUUCUCAGGGAGGCUGUAUGAGCUCAUUUCGAUGGAACAGAGGCGGAGACUUCAAAGGACGGAAGUGGGACACGGACCUGCCCACGGAUUCUGCUAUUGUCAUGCAUGUGUUCUGCACCUACCUGGACUCCAGAUUACCUCCACAUCCCAAGUACCCUGACGGAAAAACCUUCACUUCGCAGCACUUUGUCCAGACUCCAAAUAAGCCAGAUGUUACAAAUGAGAAUGUGUUUUGCAUUUAUCAGAGUGCUAUCAACCCUCCCCAUUACGAGCUGAUCCACCAGCGUCAUGUCUACAAUCUUCCAAAGGGCAGAAAUAAUAUGUUUCACACAUUGUUAAUGUUUCUCUACAUCAUAAAGACAAAAGAGUCAGGAAUGCUUGGGAGAGUUAAUCUUGGUUUAUCUGGUGUGAAUAUUUUGUGGAUUUUUGGCGAGUAGGGGGUUCCUUUGAUUCCAGUCAUUUGGACUUUGCUUUCACGGAACCAGAAGUUGUUGAAUCCAAGCUUCUCUGCCUCUUAAGAAAGCAGAUGCUCGUGGGUGUGUGUACAGACACUUUAGGGCUAACAGAACAUCAGCCACCGCCAAACACCCUUGUGAAACACGGCCUGUGUCUUCUGCAUCCAGAGCCAUUACCUGGAAUUUUACGUUGUGUUCAGGAAUUUCAGUUGACACAGACUGCACCCUUCAGACUUUGAUCGACCCAGAGCAGUGCUGUUUCCCCGGAAAUAAACUCGAGUCCUUUUUUGAC